GAUACGCGUGACCGUUUGGACGGUGCACUUCGUCAGCUUCUUCUGGUAGUUCCGCGGCGUCAUUCGGGAUUCUCGCGUUGUUCGCUCUGCGCGCGGUUCAAAGUUGACCGAUAAAGAAGCAUCAUCGAAGAAAGUACAUGUCGAAGUGCAAACUGAGUUUAAGCAUUAAAACAAUAAAGACGCAGAGUUUUGGUGUGUUUUUCGAGUGUUUCGAAGAACAAGUGUUAUUUGUGGAUGAUCUCAAGUUCGUGAAUAAAAAGACACAGUAAGAGUUCGAUCGCGAUUCGAGGAGGGAGUAUUCGGAGGUGUUAUAAUCCCAAGUGAAAAGUUGAACGAUUUCAAAGAAAUGGUGAACAUGGAGAGUUCGGGUGAGCAGCAAACGGUAACCGUUUCACCGCCGAUCCGUGCGUCGCUCGGAAAAAGUGAUUUCAGCAUACGCUGCAUCGUCCCGGAGGCUUGCGCGGUAAGCAGUCCGGACGUGUCGCACGUUGAGGACAGCGACGAAUCGAGCGAUCUCGAUGUGACGGGUGACGGUGCUGAGACACCGCCGUUGGAUUGUUCGCGAAACGGCUCGUCCGCGAGUCCGACCAAUCAAUCGAGGGACACGAGUGGCCGAGAUCAGCAGUCGGAGGAUGACAAGAAAUCGAAGAAGCCCCCGUACAGUUACAACGCUCUCAUAAUGAUGGCGAUUCGCCAGAGUCCCGAGAAGCGUUUGACUCUGAACGGCAUCUACGAGUACAUUAUGAGAAAUUUUCCUUACUACGAGAACAACAAGCAAGGAUGGCAAAAUUCAAUUAGGCACAAUUUAUCCUUGAACAAGUGCUUCGUCAAAGUGCCCCGUCACUACGAAGAUCCUGGCAAAGGAAACUACUGGAUGUUGGACCCGAGCUCGGAGGACGUCGUGAUCGGCGGCACGACCGGGAAGCUGCGCAGAAGAACGACCGCGGCUUCGAGAUCGCGUCUCGCCGCCUUCAAGAGGAGCGUCGUAUUAGGCGGUCUUUAUCCGACCCCGUACCCGCCGCCCGGGUGGCCAGCCUCGCUCUACACUCUGCCGUACCUCCACCGGGCGACAGCCUGUUAUCCAACGGCUCCCGGACCUUACGCGACACCGGCUGGAUAUCCGGCGAGUCUUUUACCCGGCGCCGCGACCACAACGACCGCUGGGAUGCCCUGCAAGCCGCAGCCUCUUCCGGCGAGCACCGCUCCGCCGAGCCACGGAGGAUUCUCCAUGGAGAGACUCCUGCAGGCGCCCAGUGGCUAUCCCAGCGGCAUCGGUGCACCGGGACUCCCGGCACCCGCGAUCCCCUACGACGUCUACACCACUCUGAGGAAUAUCGCGGCCCACCAACAGCAACAGCAGCAGCAGCAGCAUCAACAGCAGCAGCAGCAUCACCAUCACCAAGCGAUGUUCGGACAGCAGCAACGCUACCUCAUGAGCCAACAGCAGCAACCUCACCACGUUCCAAGUCAACCGACCUCGACGACCGCCUCGCCUGGCAGCAGCCCCGAACCCAUGAGCCCGCACUCCCCGAACUCCGUGACGAUCUGCAAUCCCGGCGGACAACAACAGAGACAGCACCAUCCGCACAGCCCGCCUCAACUCUUUCUCAAGCCCAUCACCGUUCUCACCGGCAGGCAAAGUUGAAGCGCCUCUUCUCUCACCCCCUGAACUGGUAUCUUCAAUCACGGACGAGCAAUCGCAUCCAGUUGUUAAAGAUCCUCGAGUUGGAACCCGAGAAUCUCAGUCGAAGGCAACGCCAGCACCGUGGUUAAUCGACUCCGGUGUUUGUGCCAGAGACGCGGCUGUAAUACCGCGUCCCAUCAACAGUGCCCGCACCGCCGCUCAUUUUGUCUAUCGCGAUAUACAUUCGUACGGGAAAACAACAAAUUUUCUCCAUUACUCCGAUCAGUUGGGCACGAACCGAUCGACUUAUCUUGCAUCGUUUCGUUACCGAGGACGCGUCCGAUGGACCAUUGUUUUCAUCAAAUUUCUUCCCUCUUUUCUUUCAAUUCACUCUCGCGUUUUAUAUUCCAUACGGCUCUUCUUCACAGACCAAUUAUUCGUGUCCGGUCGCUCCCAUCGCGACGCUUGUGUCUGAUGUCGGGGCUGCAUGGCACUUUAUCCAGUGCCCAUUACCAAAAUACGAGGCAUCUUACUGUGUCAUUAUUAUUAAAUAUAUUAUCAUUAUUGACGCCUCCCGAGUGAUGUACGUUAUUUCAUAGUAGAGUAAUAUAUUGUACAUAAAGACAAAUCUGAUCGAUUGAUUUUUUCUCUUCUGACUUCUACCGAUAUCUAUAAAUAUUGUGAACGAUAAUAUUAUAGAUUUGCAGUAGAAAUAAAUCUGCGUAGCGCCUUCGAAUACUGCGAUCUCUCCUCGAUUGAGAGAAUCGUCACGAGUCCCAUCGCGAAGUAGAGAAAAAUUGAAACAAAUUGUACUCGUAAUUAUCAGCAUAAGUAAGAUUGUUGUGUACAUACAAAUUUCGAUGGACUAAACGGAAAUGAUAAAUUAUUGUAAAUACGAUUAAUGCUGAAGAACGAUCGAUAUAUUCGAUGCUUUGAAUAUAUUAUAUAAAUAUAUAUAUAUAAAUAAAUGUACAUAUAAAUGCAUAUAUGAGAGGAACAGAGUGGGCGGAAAGACACAUGUCUGUAUAAAUGUGAAAAAUAAAUGUUGAAGAAUUUUUUUAUAAUUUAA